CCGGCGCUGGCUGAGGCCACAAGGAAAUAAAAGGACUAUGUACCGCCUUAUAGGAACAGGCAGGGAGCUGAGGGGAGCCAAGGUGAAUUUUGAGCCUUGGGACUUGCCAUGUGACUCCAGGGAAAUCGCUUUCUGUCCUAGUUUAAGGCCAUGCUGAGGCAGCCUGGUGCCUGACCAGUGAGGGGAGCCUGCCAAGGGAUUACUGCUAGCAGGAGCUAUCAGCAAGACGGCAGGACAGCUGGCUUCCAGGGAGCAGGGAUGGGCAGAGCGGCCUCUGCGUUUGGGCCAGCAGCACCAGGAAGGAUGCCCAGGCCCUGGCUGGGAGCUUGGCACAUGCUCUGCUGAUCCAGGCUGCAUUCAGAGCAGCACCCCGCUGAGCAGCAGCUGUGCCCAGGCCCCAGAGGACUCCAUUGCAACAGGAGCUCUGCAACCCCUUAGGAAACUGCACUUGGGGCUGUGACCAUCUGGAGAAGGGACCUGUACCUUGAUGGGAAGCGGAAGAGCAGAACCUAAUGCAGGGAGGAUCUUGGCCUCUACGGCAGAGUUUUGCGACACCCACAGAGUGUCCUGGUUUCUUCUCUCAGGGUUGGGGACUGGUUUCCCUCCCCUGGCAGAGGGGUUGGACCGGGAGGACAUCUGAGGGGUGGACACCUCUUGCAUGAAAUCAAAGCUGCUUGAAGCCCACGUGUUCUCUGUUGUGAUUGGGGUUCAAGGGCUUCCCUGCUUCAGGGGACGAGGGGCUGCCUCGUUGUCUGCUCAUGAACCACAAGGACCCCGACUACUCCAGACUGGAUCAUUUCAAGCCGCCAAAGAGGGGGGCCCCCAGAGCUGGCAGCCAGCAACCCCAAUGGACUAGAAGGCUGGGAUGGACUGACCUCCCCCUUGCCAGGGCAGCAGGAGAGGCAGAGCAUCUGUGGCCCAGCUAGUGAGAGAGAGACCCAAUGAAGCCAUAAGCAGGGGCCCAAGUGGCUCAGGGACAGGGGAGCCAAUCCUGCCCACGUGCUUGCUCUUAAUCCUGAGAGAGGGCGUGGUCUGGCACUCCUGCUGCUGUUGCCUCUGCAGCACAUGCCCUUAUGCCCUAGUACAGGCAGGCUACAUUUUGGCUGGUCUGCCAGUGGGCAGGGAAAGGAGUGGCCACAGUGACUCCCGGCUGCCCGCCGGGCUGGUGGUCCAGCCUCCCGGGGCUUCGCAACAUGAAGUGCUCCCUGCGGGUAUGGUUCUUCUCCGUGGUCUUCCUGCUGGUGUUCAUCAUGUCACUGCUCUUCACCUACUCCCACCACAGCAUGGCCACCCUGCCCUACCUGGACUCAGGAGCUCUGGGGGGCACCCACCGGGUGAAGCUGGUACCCGGCUAUGCUGGCCUGCAGCGCCUCAGCAAGGAGGGGCUCUCUGGCAAGAGCUGUGCCUGCCGCCGCUGCAUGGGUGACACUGGCGCCUCUGACUGGUUUGACAGCCACUUUGACAGCAACAUUUCUCCUGUCUGGACCCGAGAGAAUAUGGAUCUGCCCCCUGAUGUCCAGAAGUGGUGGAUGAUGCUGCAGCCCCAGUUCAAGUCACAGAACACCAAUGAGGUGCUGGAGAAGCUGUUCCAGAUAGUACCAGGGGAGAACCCCUACCGUUUCCGGGACCCCCAGCAGUGCCGGCGCUGUGCUGUGGUGGGGAACUCGGGCAACCUGCGGGGCUCUGGCUAUGGGCCAGAUGUGGAUGGGCACAACUUCAUCAUGAGAAUGAAUCAGGCGCCAACUGUGGGCUUUGAGCAGGAUGUUGGCAGCCGAACCACCCACCAUUUCAUGUACCCUGAGAGUGCCAAGAACCUGCCUGCCAACGUCAGCUUUGUGUUGGUGCCCUUCAAGGCCCUGGACCUGCUGUGGAUCGCCAGCGCCCUGUCCACAGGGCAGAUCCGAUUUACCUAUGCCCCAGUGAAGUCCUUCCUUCGAGUAGACAAAGAAAAGGUCCAGAUCUACAACCCAGCCUUCUUCAAGUAUAUCCACGACAGGUGGACAGAGCAUCACGGGCGGUACCCAUCCACAGGGAUGCUGGUGCUCUUCUUUGCCCUGCAUGUGUGUGAUGAGGUGAACGUGUACGGGUUCGGGGCCGACAGCCGGGGCAACUGGCACCACUACUGGGAGAAUAACCGGUAUGCAGGCGAGUUCCGGAAAACCGGCGUGCACGACGCCGACUUCGAGGCCCACAUCAUCGACAUGCUGGCCAAGGCCAGCAAGAUCGAGGUCUACCGAGGCAACUGAGAAAGGUCUGGCCACGACUUUUUCGGCCCGGCCGCCAGACGCCGCUGCGCGCUCCGGGUCGGGACUCGAGGCCUGCCCCCAGGGCGGCGGCCGGGGCGGCGCCAGGCGUGGGGUGUCUCCAGGAAAUCCCCAGCGACACCAGGCGCGGUCUGGAUUUAUCAUGCAGCCGCCCAGCGAGUUCGGCUGUUCCCUGCCAAUCACAAGACUGGGGGGCCUAGCGCCAAUCAACGCUGCGUCUGGGCGGAGUCUUUGUUUAUCUCAAUCAAUCAUGUGGCUCAACUCGAGUCGAUUUCCGGCGCUGGGCGCAGUCUCCUCCAAUCAAUGGCCUUCGGAGGAGAACCGGCCGUUUCUCCAUUCCCACUCCCCCAGGCUUUUGGGUAGGGUUUUGUUUCACGCUUUUUAAAGAGUAGGGUUGGCUACUGGUCUCAAAAAAGUACUUUCCUCAGGCUCUGUCGGAGCUGUCGCAGUCGCUUGCGGGCCUGACCCUGCCGAGGACGCCGAGAAGGAAGUGGAGGGGAUGGCCGGGCCGUGGCCCCUAGUCUUCCUCUCCCAGGGGGUCCCUCGUGGCCUCGGAGGGGCGAUCCCGGUGGUUUCCAGGGAGCGCUCUUUCACCCAGAGGAAAACCCAGAGCCCUCCCAAACCGCUCCAGGCCUCCGAGAGAAUUUUAGACCCUACACUUCUUUUACCGUUUAGGCCGAGAUGGGUGAGUGUCAACCCACCAAAGAAAUGCAGUGAGAAUCCAGAGGGCAUUUGGGUCCCCUCAUCCUCCCUCCACCUCCUCCCUGACUUUGGCCACCCUAUGGAAUGGCCUUUCUGACCAGGGCAUUUAGUGUCUCACCAGAAAACGAACUGUGUUCAACUUUUGCUUGGGGGCGGAAUUCGCCUAGGGCCUAACUCUGGAACAUAGGUGUGAGGAACUGGGCAGGGGACAAGGAAGCCCCCUCAUAUCAAAUGUAAGGUGCUUCUCACUCACGUGUAUCCUUGGCCCCUACCGCUACAACCUUUAGUGUCUCGCCUCUUUAGGCCCUGGGCCUCCUCACCAGCCUACUUGCUCUGGAAAAAAACAACGAAACAAAAACUUGCCCUGGGAUUGAUUGGGGCGCUGCUGCUUCUCUCUCUCUCUCUCUCUCUCUC